UACGCCAGACUCCAUCGGCAGACCAGAAAGCGCUGCAGUCCCACACCGGACCGAGCUUGUCUGGGAAUUGGGACCCAGCCAUGAGGCUUUGCUUCUGGAGAGUGGCUCCUGUCCUCCUGGGCCUGCUAGGCUCACUUCUUCCAGUCUCUCAGGCUGUGGAGAGGCACUACUUCAUUGCUGCUGUCAAGAUCAAGUGGGACUACGGUGGACAGCAACACCCCAGGUCUGAUUCUUCUUAUGAAAAAGUGGUAUACAGGGAAUAUACUGCUGGCUUCAAACAACCCAAAAAACAUCCAUCAUGGGCAGGAUUGCUGGGUCCCACUGUGCGUGGAGAGGAAGGGGAUGUCAUCGUGGUAACUUUCAGGAAUAUGGCUGACAGGGAGUACAGCAUCCAUCCACAUGGCAUCGCCUACGGGAAGCAAUCAGAGGGAUCGCUGUACUUUGACAACACCUCACCCUUUGAGCAGAAGGAUGGCAAGGUGCUGCCAGAGCAAGAACAUACGUAUUACUGGGAGGUGACCCCCGAGGUGGCUCCAAAACAGUCGGACCCCCCCUGCCUUACCUACAGCUACCUCUCUCACAGAGAUUUCAUCAGAGACUUCAAUUCUGGACUAAUUGGCACCCUGAUGGUGUGCAAAAAGGGCAGCCUAAAUCCUGCUGGCGAGCAGAUCCACUUCUCCAAGGAGUAUGUCCUCCUCUUUAGCGUGUUUGAUGAGACAAAGAGCUGGUACCUCCCAAAGAGCACGUCGUCUCAGAACCAUGUAAAGUACACCAUUAACGGCUACAGCAAUGGUACAAUACCUGAUCUCAGUAUGUGCGCCUACACUUCAGUAAGCUGGCACCUGCUGGGUAUGAGCUCAGAGCCGGAGAUCUUUUCUGUGCACUUCAAUGGCCAGGUGUUACAGAAUACUGGGCACAGGUUGUCUUCGGUGGGCUUGAUCAGCGGGACUGCCACCAGCAUCAAUGUCACAGCCGUCCAUCCGGGCUGCUGGCUGCUGUCUUCACAUGCCACCAAACACCUGGAAGCUGGAAUGCAUGGCUUCCUGAAUAUUCAAACGUGUGUGGGAAUAACACCUCCAAGACGAAGAAUCACAAUCCAGGAGAAACGCCAAAGUCAAGAGUGGACCUACUACAUUGCUGCUGAAGAAAUAAUAUGGGAUUAUGCACCAAAUAUUCCUGACUACAUUGACAGCGAGUACCAAUCGAAAUACCUGAAGCAGGGUCGUGAUCGGAUUGGCAAGAAGUACAAAAAGGCAGUCUUUGUGGAAUAUGUCAAUGAAACAUUCACAGUAAAAAAAGAAAACAAGCAGAGGAAGAUGGAGACGGGUAUCCUUGGUCCUGUGAUUAGAGCUCAGAUCAGGGAUGUGGUGAAGGUUGUCUUCAAAAAUAAGGCAAGCCGGCCGUACAGCAUUUAUCCUCAUGGACUGACUAUUGAUAAAGAUGCAGAAGGAACUUAUUAUCCUGAAGGAGGAAAUCAGACCCAUGCAGUGCAGCCCGGUCAAACUUACACAUAUGUGUGGAAGGUGAUUGAUGAAGAUGAGCCGACAGACAGAGACUCUCGAUGCUUGACCAGGAUGUACCACAGUGCAGUUGACAUACCCAGGGAUAUCGCUUCUGGCCUUGUCGGGCACCUUCUCAUCUGCAAGAGCCAAUCCCUCAACAAGAGAAACGUUCAGCUGAAGGCAGAUAAGGAGCAGCAGGCUAUGCUUGCCGUUUUUGAUGAGAACAAAAGCUGGUACUUGGACGAAAACAUCAAAACAUUCUGCAGUGACCCCUCAAAUGUCAACAAAAACAGUCCAGAUUUCUACGAGUCAAAUGUUAUGCACUCAAUAAAUGGUUAUGUAUAUGACAGUGGACAAAACCUGAUGUUCUGCAAUGGUGAAAUCGUAACUUGGCACAUGUCCAGCGUUGGGGCGCAAGACAACAUCCAAACAGUGACCUUUUAUGGACACAGUUUUGAACUGAAUGAACGAGUGGAGGAUGUCCUAAGUUUGUUUCCAAUGACUGGCGAGACCAUCACAAUGAGCAUGGAUAACUUAGGUCACUGGCUCCUGACAUCAUUAAACUCUCAUGCAAAGAAAGGAAUGAGGCUGAACUUUAAAGACGUUGAGUGUUACAGAGACUACUAUUAUGAAUAUAGUGAACCAUUGAUAGAAAAUAAGGUUCCUGAUGCUGUGUCUGUGUGGGUGCCUGAAGACAGAGAUGAACUAAAGAAAAGAAAUAAAGACCCUGAGCCGAUUACAAAAAUGCGUCCACCAGUUGUUGAUGAGUCAACUGAUUACUGGGCAUCCCAACUUGGACUUCGGUCCUUCCGAAAUCAGUCAAAUGGACCGAUAGAUGAUGUGGAGUUGUUGGAUUUCUCCCUACUGGAUAUUGAUCAGAACUUGCCAGCUAGCAACAAGACAGAAAAUCUAAGCCUGUCCUUCUCCACACUGGGAAACAAUGUCACUGAUCCAGAAUCUAGCUCCAGCCAGACAAAAACACAGCUAACACUGACAGAGGGAGUUGCUUUGGAGGAACCUAAUGUGACUGUAGGUUCUUUCAAUGAAAGCAGAAUUGAGAGCAACACAAGGAGACUGAAUGAAAGUGAAGACCAUUUGUGGACUCAAUUUGCAAACACAUUAGAUAAAGACUCUGAAGUCAAAAGAAAUGGCACAGAGGAAGAUAAUAGUGAAACAACCAUAUUUAUUCUGCUGAAGAACACCACCACCGAAGGCAGUGACUUGGAAGAAAGAACAAAAACAAUUGUGCCAUUAGCUGAACCAAAUCUCAUCAUAGAGGAGCCCAAGACAACAAAUCCAUCGGAGACAUUCAAAGGCUCAUACAUACUGAAUACAUCAACUAACAGUUCAGAAGACAUAGUGACGAUCAAUAACCAUGCGUUCACUUACAUUGUGGGUGAAACCCAUGGAACUCCAUCCAACACCACUGUCAGGGUUGAGGAUUUUCUGUUUCUCGAUGGUGCUGACUCUGUGGCAAUUACCUACAAUCAUGACAAAAAAAUGUUGGAUGCACAUCAUGUGGAGAGACAAGAUUCUGAAAAUAUGCACAGCUUUCCUUUUGCUACCUCUGCCCCUACUACAGUUAAAAGUGUUUUACUUGACAAUACUACAUCUGAUACUGUUGAUGUCUACAUCCUUGAUUCUAAUCUUGAAUCUGAAAAUAACAGCCUAUCCAGUCAUUUUUCAGAACAUAGUAAUAAUUUUCCUUCUGCUACUUCUGUCCCUAUUGAAUUUAAAGGUGUAUUAAUUGACAACACAACAUCUGAUAGUGAAGGUUAUGAUAUCCUUGAUUCUGAUGCUGAAUUUGAAAAUAACAGUCUAGUCAAUCAAGAUUCAGAAAAUCUUCAUAACUUUGAUUCUAAUGCAUCUAUUGUAGUUGAAGCUAAAGAAGCCUUAUUGGACAAUACAACAUCUGAUACUGAAAAUAAAUAUAACUUUGAUUCUGAUGUUGAAAUGAAAAAUAGCAGCCUUAUAAACCAAACAACUGAGUCUCCAGUAACAAAUAAGACUGAAAAAGGCAAUAACAGUUUCUUACUUGAACCAACCUCAGGACCACAUUUGUCCCAUGACAGUCUAAGCAGACCUAACAAAAAUGAAACAGGAGAACUGGCAACAACUGAAACACAGCUAGAUGCUCUGAAUUCAAAUAACUGCACAAAUUCUUCAUCUGCUCAAGAGGAACAAGCCCAAAAUGUAACCAGAACUCCAGAGUUUGUAUCCCAAAGUUCAUCAGAGGAAGAAAAAUCAGACAGCAAGGAGCAGAACUCCAUGGUAUCCUUGGAUGGCAGCCGCACUGGGUCUUCUGGUUUAAUGAAUCUCUCAUCUUCAGACAAUUAUACUGAUACACACUGGAAUAAGCAGCAAGCUGUGGAAGCCCAUAGAAGCAACAUUUCUGUCGCUGUACCCAAAACUGAUGUAACUGAAGAUGAGGAUGUAGAGAACAGCUCAAAGGAGAACAUGACAUCCAGUUCUGAGAACGGAGGAGAUGUAAUGAUAUACUUACAGGAUAACAGCAAGGAGGCCAUUUUCACCAGCUCCUUGGAUAGACCAAGGAAGCACUGGUCUUAUGAUGGAAAGCAUAAAAUAGUGCAGCUAGAGAUGACUGAAAACAUGACUCGGUACAUUAAAGAGGAUUCAAACUCCACUGUGAACAAGAAGAAAACAGAACAGAAACCUAAAAGCAAGAUGAAGUACAAAAGAAGGAGACCUAUGAAAAUGUAUGCUGUAAAAACAAGAAAAAAGAAGGUAUAUAAACCUCAGCCGAGAAGCGAACUCUCUCCAAGAGGCUUCAUGCCUCCUGCAUUAAAUCCCAGGGGGGCAAGACCCAUCUUCAGCGAAGAAGAUCUGACUGAGAAACCUGUUGUUAUUGGUGUGCCAAGACAGGACUUCAAUGACUAUGACAUAUACAUACCAACACUGAAUGAUGAUUUGGAUCAUAUUGACAUUCCUGAUGAACACAAAGGAAAUGAAUAUGAAUACGUAAAUUACAAGGACCCAUAUGGCAAGCAGACUGAUGAAAAGGCAAGGUAUUUUUCUCAAGUAACAGGGGAAAAUGUAAGAACAUACUUCAUUGCAGCGGUGGAGAUGGAAUGGGAUUACGAAGGAUACGGGCAGAGGAGACAGGAGAGAUCAGACUCAAAGGACGGACCAACAAAGUUCACCAAAGUUAUUUUCCGAAGAUACCUUGACACCACCUUUACUAUACCUGAGAUUAGAGGGGAAACAGAUGAGCACCUGGGAAUCCUUGGUCCAAUCAUAAAAGCUGAAGUGGAUGAAACUAUAAUGGUUGUUUUCAAAAAUCUGGCUGGUCGGCCAUACUCCUUACAUGCACAUGGUGUCUCCUACUCAAAGCAAAUGGAAGGACUGAAGUAUGAUGAUAAUUCUCCUCAUUGGUAUAAACUAGACAACGAAGUCCUACCCAAUGAAAGCUAUACUUACAUCUGGAAGGUGGAGCCCAAAGCUGGGCCAAAACGUCACGAUUCGGACUGUAGAAUGUGGCCCUAUUACUCUGGUGUGAAUCCUGAAAAGGACAUCCACUCAGGGUUGGUCGGGCCACUGCUGAUCUGCCGGGAGGGAACGCUGAACAAAGAACUGGUGGACAUGAGGGAGUUUAUCUUACUCUUUAUGUCCUUUGAUGAAACUAAAAGCUGGUAUUAUGAAAAAAACCUACAAAGAUUAGAGAUGAAAAACAAACGGGCGGUUGUGGAUCCUCAGCUUAAAGACAAACUGAAAUUCCAUGCCAUAAAUGGAAUAAUCUACAGCUUAAAAGGACUCAGAAUGUACACAAACCAGUUGGUCAGGUGGCACGUAUUCAACAUGGGCUCUUCAAAAGAUGUGCAGAGCAUUCAUUUCCACGGACAGACGUUUGUGGAGAAACGAGAAAAUGAGUAUCGGCAGGGAGUUCAUCUGUUGCUUCCUGGGAGCUUCUCCACUCUGGAGAUGUGGCCCUCCAAGCCUGGACUCUGGCUGCUGGAGUCUGAGGUGGGAGAAUUCCAGCAGAAAGGAAUGCAAACACUCUUCUUGAUUAUAGAUAUUGAUUGUGCACAGCCACUGGGCCUAAUCUCGCACAGUGUGAAAGACAGCCAGAUCACAGCCUCUCAUUAUACAGGAGAAUGGAAACCCCACUUGGCAAGGCUACAUAAUAUAGGUAAAUACAAUGCUUGGAGCACUGACAGAAGUUCUGGAGACUGGAUCCAGGUGGACUUCCAGAGGCCAGUUGUGAUCAGUAAGGUUGCUACACAAGGAGCAAAGCAGUUUAUAUCUUCCCACUAUGUUCUAAACUACACAGUCUCCUACAGGACAGAUGGAAAGAACUGGAUCACUUACAAGACCUUUUCAGGAAACAAAAAUUCGUAUGAGGUUAAAGAAAACACCUUCUUUCCCCCUCUGAUUGGACGCUAUGUCCGACUCUACCCUCUCCAUUCCUACAACCGCCCAACAAUACGCAUGGAGUUUUAUGGUUGUGAACUGGAUGGAUGUUCUGUACCACUGGGAAUGGAGCAGAGGACCAUCAAGGACAGCCAGAUCACAGCCAGCUCAUCUGCCUCCAACUGGCUUCAUGGUCUUUGGCAUCCCUGGCUUGCUCGCCUCAAUAACCAGGGUGCAGUCAAUGCUUGGCAAGCAAAGUAUAAUGACAUGCAACAGUGGUUGCAAGUGGAAUUAAAAGAUGUAAAGAAAAUCACCGGGAUCGUAACUCAGGGGGCAAAGUCUAUGGGCAAAGAAAUGUAUGUCAUGUCAUACAUUAUACAAUAUAGCGAUGAUGGUAAAAUUUGGAAAACAUACAAUGAAGACAACGAGUAUGGUCAUCCAAAGGUUUUUGUGGGAAAUACGGAUAACAAUGACCACGCAAAAAACUACAUAUAUCCACCAAUAUUUUCAAAAUUCAUAAGGAUUGUGCCUCAAAGGUGGGAAAGGGCCAUCACAAUGAGAAUAGAACUGCUUGGAUGUGAUUUUGAAUGACAGUACUGGACACCUGAAUUUUCAUGAUUCAUAACAGUGGUCAUAACUUACCACAGUUUGCACACUACCUGCUUUAUCGCAUCAUAUUUGUAUUUUGCUGAAGACAACAGCUGUAAAUAUGUACAUGGAAAACAUAUGAAUUACUUGAGAAUAAAUAAUAACUUUGUUGUGAAAUGA